AUGCUAGCAUUGUACGCUUCUUCUCCAUCAGCUAUUGGAAUAAUGGCCUUGGAGGAAUUUGACCAAAACCAUUUGUGCGGAGCCACUAAUAAUUAUGCAGAUAUUCCAUCUCUACUACAACAAGAAGAGGUUGCCGAGCUUGAUCAAUCUCCUCCGUCCGCCGCGAUUACCGACACCGACCCCGCGAUCAUUAAGAAGCUUAGUCACAAUGCUAGCGAGCGUGAUCGUCGGAAGAAGAUCAACGGCUUGUAUUCCACUCUUCGAUCUCUGCUUCCGGCUGCAGAUCAAAUGAAAAAACAAAGUUAUCCGGCAAGUGUUUCGCGGACGCUAAAAUACAUACCGGAGCUAGAAAACCAAGUGCAAGCACUGAUUCAGAAGAAGGAGGAGCUUUUGUCAAACAUUUCAAGAAAAGUGGACUUAAUUUAUCAUGAAAGGCAGAAGAAAAGCUCGGCUUGGAGAUCAUUAUCUGCUGUUUCCGCCGCUAGACUUAACGACAGAGAAGUAGUACUUCAGAUUUCGACAUUUAAGGACCAAGAGACUCCAUUGUCACAUAUUUUGCUUGACUUAGAGGAAGAUGGAUUUUCACUGCUAAAUGCUACUUCUCACGAGUCCUUUGGAGGAAGGGUCUUCUGUAGUGUACAUCUUCAGGUUGAAAGAACUUACAUAAAGCAUUACAAUUUCAGUAACAAUUUCCUUUCAACCCCCACAAAAAUGCUAGCCUUAUCACCAACGUUGUUUUCGACAAAUGUUCCAUAUUGGCCCUUAGAGGAACCCGUAGGCCAUGAUAACCAAAACUAUUUGUACAGAGACAUAUCAGAGCCUGCUAAUUCCGAUCAAUCAGUAUUUCUUAACAGCUUCCCCACUCCGCCGCCAUCCGAUCAAAGAUCGCGGGCUGAGCUCGAUUGUUUGGCUACGCCAACGACCACGAAAGCUAUUAGCAGUGAUCUCAUCAUGGUCGUCAAGAAGCUUAACCACAAUGCUAGCGAGCGCGAUCGCCGCAAGAAGAUUAACCACUUGUACUCCUCUCUUCGCGCGCUACUUCCGGCUUCUGAUCACACGAAAAAAAUGAGCAUUCCGGGAACAGUUUCGCGUGUUCUAAAAUACAUUCCUGAGCUACAACAAGAAGUGGAGGGGCUGAUUCAAAAGAGGGAAGCACUUUUAUCGAUGACUAAAUCAAAGCAGCAAGAGAAUCUCCAAGUUCAUCAAGAAAUUAAUUACCAAACGAAAAGCACAACUAGAACCCCAUUAUCUUCUGUUUCAGCAAGUCAACUCAAUAAUAAAGAAGUUUUAUUACAAAUUUCCGCAUUUAAGCUUAACAAGGACCCGUUAUCGGAGAUAUUGCAUAAUUUGGAGGAGGAUGGGCUUUCAGUGCUAAAUGCCUCUUCGUUUGAGUCCUUUGAUGGGAGGAUAUUCUAUAAUUUACAUCUUCAGGGAUCUUCUUCGAUUUCAUUGGUCCUUUACAGGCGGUUUAUGGGCAAGCAAUCAUUUCCUGUGUUGCUGACCUUUUCCAAGUCCAGACGCAAUCUGGGGAUUUUCCCUUAUCAGGGGCCUUUUUGGGGACGUGGACCCAUAUUCAUGCGGUCUGCUCCCUGUGCCUACACAAUACAAAGCCAGGCGCAGGCUCUCCAUCGGUCGACCCUAUCAUGGUACCUCUGA